CCAAGCUCAUCAACACACCCAUGCCCAUCAAUGUUGGAAGCAGAAAAGAACCGAAUCGAUGCCUCACAUCAACUACUUCCUGAGGUUUCCAUCCAAACUCCGUAGGAGGGCCAGACGUUCCCGGCUCGCGGCUAUGUUCAUUCUUCUAAGCACUAUCUUCAUCUUCUUUACGCCAUUCUACUGCAUUUACAAGCCUCCAACUUUCCUCAUACGUUACUUUCAAUACCGCUGGCCGGAUAUUCUCUGGCAUGUUCCAACACGUUCCAAGAUCAUUGCGCUCUCUAUCGAUGAUGCACCGUCAGAGUACACCAACGAAAUCAUGCAAUUACUCAAGGACAACAAUGCUACGGCAACUUUUUUCGUCAUCGGUGCUCAAGUUCCUGGACGGGAAGGGAUCUUGAGCAAUUUGGUCCGAAAUGGAAAUGAGCUAGGGAACCACGCCAUGCACGAUGAGCCUUCCCGGUCUUUGAGCGAUGAGACUCUCACCAGCCAGAUCCAAUCCGUGGAACACAUGAUCGACACAGCAUACAAGGACGCCGAUAGCGAGCUUUCAAAUCCAAAGCUUUUUCGACCAGGAUCUGGCUUCUUCAGCGAUCGAAUGCUCGCGAUUCUGGAUAAGCUUAAUUACAGGCUCGUUCUUGGUAGUAUCUACCCACACGAUCCCCAGAUUCCGUAUUGGCGUGUCAAUGCAAGGCACAUUCUCAGCAUGUUACGACCUGGUGGCAUCAUUAUUUGCCAUGAUAGGAGGAGUUGGACUUUGCCAAUGCUACGGAAAGCCAUUCCUGAAAUGAGGCGGAGAGGUUAUCAGAUCGUAACGGUCUCAGAAUUGUUGAGGGAGGUCAAGACAUGAGAGUCUUAAUUAUUCCCUUGGAUUUAUCAAAACAAGAGAAGGCUCAUGGGCAUUCCCGAUCACUCUGUGGGAGGAGACAGCAACCACAAAGCCGCGUAUUGGCUUCACAAACAAAAUAUGUCAAGGCUCGGAGGGCGACGAAAGGCUGAAGGCUAUGAGCUUCUUUCAGAUAGCCGACUAGAAGUAGGAACCUAAGCGUUUCAAGUCAUACAGCUCUUCGUCAAGAUAAGUCCGUGCACAAUUAUUGCGGCUAUGGGACUUUUUCUGGGCUUUUUUAGACACGUGAGAGGUAAUUACUGAGCUGCCAUAGCUGGGUACAUGAGUCCGCCGCCGUCUGAAGUAUCUCUACAUAUUUUCACAAAUUCGAAAGAGGCAGAAUUACAUCAUCUUGCACAAUCCAAAAACUCGUUGAGCCACCUUAGCCGGCAUAAUCUAC